AGAGGGGAGAUGAUCGAGAGAGAGCUCGUGCAUGUGUGAAUUGUGAGAUCGACAUUACUGACUCACUCAAACCGCGUGUUAAGCGGUGCACAGACGCCAUUGUUUGUCGGAACAGUGUCAGUCAGAACGGAGAUAGUAAGUGAUAUGAGUUAGCAUUUAAUCUUCCAACAUCAAAAGACAUCAUCAACCGACAAAAUGUCAGCACCAACAGGACGUGCCAGAGGGAGAGCUAGGGGUCGUGGAAGAGCAACAGCAAGUACCCCAGCACCAACCCCUGGUGAGCAAGCAGCUAGACCGCCUCCAGCUCAGGCGGAAGCCCCAGUAGCACCUGGACGAGGACGUACCAGAGGGGCUGCAACUCAACCGAUGGUUGCAGCGGCUUUAGCCAGACCUCCAGCACAACCGGAGCCAGUUGAGCCCCCAAUUCAGCAGAUGGCAGCCAUGAGGGUAGGACCAGAAGGUGCCGGAGGCUUACAAGGAAGGCAGGCUAGAAGACCCAGAUAUGAGGCUCUGCGAACCAGACCUGAGCACAUUAUUGACAAGCAAGGUAAAACUGGUUCAGUGUGCAACCUGCUUUCCAACAACUUCAGGCUGAGGACAGCCAGAGAAGAGUGGGCUCUCUACCAGUACCAUGUGGAUUUCAAUCCACCACUCGAUAGCAAGCGACUACGAAUUGCGCUUGUGAAAUCACAAAAGGACAUCAUUGGAGCUACAAAUGCCUUUGAUGGUAUGGUUCUGUACUUGCCUAUCAAGCUGGAAAGGCCCGAAACUCAAGUAAUGGUGCAAACCCAAAAAGGAGAGAAUGUCCAGAUCACAUUCAAACUGACCAAUGAGCUACCGCCUUAUUCCAACACGUGCAUGCACAUGUACAAUGUGAUUUUUAGAAAGGUGAUGUCUUCUCUGAACAUGCAGCAAAUUGGCCGUCAUUACUUCAAUCCGGAUAGCAAGAUUAUGGUGAAGCAACAUAGGCUUGAGAUCUGGCCUGGGUUCAUAACCUCAAUCUCACAGCGUGAAUCUGUUGUGAUGCUGGAAGCUGAGGUUUCACACAAAGUACUUUGCCUGAACUCGGUACUUGAUGUGCUGUAUGAGUUGUACAACAAAGAUUCAAGGCGCUUUAGGGAUGAAGCAAUGAAGAAAUUGGUUGGCGAAAUUGUCUUAACUCGGUAUAAUAACAAGACUUAUCGAGUUGACGAUAUCAAUUUUGAUUUAAACCCGUCAAGCAAAUUUAAAAAGUUUGAUGGAUCAGAGAUUUCAUACUGCGAAUAUUAUUCGAGUGUUUAUGAAAGGAACAUUACAGAUAUGCAACAGCCAUUACUUGUCAGCCGACCAAAGAAGAGGGAAAUGCGGGCUGGAAAAGCUGGCCCAGAAGUACUUCAUUUGAUACCCGAAUUUUGCACAAUGACAGGACUGAGUGAAGAAGUGCGAAGCAACUUCAGUGUAAUGAAAGACUUGGCUCAGCAUACACGUGUUGACCCAAAAAAUCGUGCCACAACACUUAACCGGUUUAUGACGGAUAUAAGCAACAAUCCUGAAGCUCGUGGACAUCUUGAGAAAUGGGGCCUGUCUUUGGACAACAACAUGCUGAAUCUUCAGGGCCGCUGUUUAGGAUCUGAGCAACUCUAUCAAAAGAACUUCAGGUUCUCGUACGAAAACCGCUCAGCAGAUUGGACCAGAGAGACAAGAGGCAAACCUGUUCAAUCCACGGUCAACCUUACCAAUUGGAUGGUGGUGUUUUCUCCACGUGACAAAGCUAACGCACAGGAUUUCAUUCAGACCUUGAUACGUGUUUGUGGACCAAUUGGUAUGCAAGUUGCACAACCCAUUUUCAUUGCCCUGCAAAAUGACAGAACAGAUAGUUAUAUCCAGGCUAUCAAAGAGAAGAUGACGCAACAAAUACAGAUGGUUUUGUGUAUCGUACCAAAUAACAGGAAAGAUCGAUAUGAUGCUAUCAAGAAGCUUUGCUGCUUAGAGUUUCCGGUGCCCAGUCAAGUGGUUGUUGGCCGAACGAUUUCCAAGAAGCAAAUGUUGAUGUCUGUAUCAACCAAAAUUGGAAUGCAGUUAAACUGCAAACUUGGAGGAGAGCUCUGGUGCACAGAUAUCCCUGUAUGUAUUUAUCAACCUCAAAGUGCUUUAAUAAAUCAUUCAACUUUUAAGAAGUUACUUUUUUUUUGUUGGCUUGGUAGCUACAAUAGCUACAUGCUAUCACUGAAAGCUCUCGGUGAUGCUGAUUGCUUUCUCCCCUUCUGUGUAGCUUCUCUACGCAAUUACCACAACAUCAAUCAGGCAUUCCCAUCAAGAAUCGUGGUGUACAGGGAUGGUGUUGGUGAGGGCCAGACACCAACCUUAAUUGAGCAUGAGCUCCCACAGAUGCUCAAGUGCAUUCAACAGCUCAUUACUGGACCAGAGCCAGCCCUUACUAUGGUGAUAGUUAGGAAACGCAUCAGCACUCGACUGAUCCUGAAUAGCAAUGGUCAACUGAGCAACCCACUCCCUGGAACAAUUGCCGAUUCUGUUAUUACCAAACCAGAGAAGUAUGAUUUUUACCUGGUUUCACAAUCUGUGCGUCAGGGCACCGUCUCCCCAACCAACUAUGAUGUGGUGUGGGACAAGGCAAACCUCAAACCAGAUCACCUUCAGAGGUUGACAUACAAGCUAACCCACCUCUAUUACAACUGGCCGGGAACCAUCCGUGUGCCAGCCCCAUGCCAGUAUGCUCACAAGUUGGCAUUCCUUGUCGGACAGAGCCUUCACAAAGAUCCACGUCGUGAGCUUGCUGAUCGCUUGUUUUUCCUCUGAGAAGAUAAAGUAAAUAAAAAACUAAAGAAAAUCAAUCUUGUGCAGUUGACAAGAAUUGAAGAAGCGUUCCAUUUUCAGGAAAAAAAAUUGGAUUUUAGCUUUAAUGUUGAAAGUUAAGAGCUGUGGGAAAAAUUUAAUUUUAAAGAAAAACACAGCUGUGAUUUUUAUGAGUGAAGUUGGUGGUAGGUCAUUUCUUGGAUAUCUGUUGAGAUAAUAGGGGACAAAAUAUCUAGAAAGAAAAACAGAAUUAUAAACGAUUUUUAAAUAUGGUUGUGUUUAAGAAGUAUUGAAUUGAAUAAUUCAAAAAUUACUUGCGUUUUAGUGUAUUCAGGGAUAACAGAAUAUUAAAUGAAGGUGCUAUGUUUUCAAUCCAGAUAAACACGGCAAUAUCAAACAAUUCCAAUGAUUUAGAGCACCUGUGAUUAUUUGUGGGGGUGAUAUGACAUCAACAUGGACAUAUAUGAGACAAUGUGCCCAACUUUCAGAUGUACAUAACCAAUUCUGUGAAUGACAUAUUUUCUAAACAUUUUGUUUUAAUAGGUUCUUAUAAGGCUAGUAAAAUGCUUUCAUUUGCAGAAUGUUGCUUAAAUUGUAUCAAUAUAUUUUUUGUUAUAAUGCUUUUUUUUAAUCUGUUAUAACAUGUUGGUCAAAGGAAAAGAAAUACGACCAUUUUAACAAAAUCUUUUGUAUUUUGAUGUGUGUCUUAGUGGACCAAAGCUUGUGAAUUUAGAGUAGAUCUCUUGCAUUCCUAGUUAUUUUAACAGCAUGAUUUUGUAUUAUAAAAUAAAAAUGUUUAAACUUUCAUUAUUGGCUAUUGUUCAUUACUGAACUAAUGCUUUUGUUUAUUGCCGUUUUACAGUAUAUGGUGUAUGGGAAGCAGAGGAUAUUUUUUUACCUUGCCUACACACUAUUAUUUGCAUUUUUAUCAGAAAUGAAAUUUGCAUUUAUAAAAGGUGUUAAGAAGUUGAACAAUAAAAUAUUUAGUGUUCCUUAAAUAAAA